UCACCAACAAUCACAAACGCGUUCAUGAGAUUAGAAGAUCGUGCACAUGACUUACACAUGAACAAUAACAGAGUGGUUAAGAAGAGGCCUACCUAUGUAAAAAACAAUUCUAAUUAAUGUUUAUGUUUACAAGUUUAAGUAAACCACAGCUGGACUAACGAGAGAGGCAAACCCAAACUGGACAAGCGUUUAAGUUAUCGUAAAACGGAACAAGUGUUUAGAAGUCGUAGCAGCAUGUGUGUGUGUUUGCGUGACGUGUACUGAACACGGAGAACAGGGCCAGAGGGAAACGGGGCAUACGGCCACUUGCAGGGAGCGGAGCGGUAGUGUGGGCUAAGGCUUCUGUCGGUGUGUGUAAUUGGAUCGGUGGAAUAUUAAAUGUGAGACACUUGUGCCGUUUUCAACAUGGAAUAUAAGGCUUGGACUACGUUGUUUGUGAUUUUGGUUCAAAUCUUGACAGUCGACAGUUUCCCCGGAAGGUCAGGCUGUAGACGGUGCAAGCCUGGGUACUAUGCGCAUGCGUCAUGCACGGACACCAAAGAGACAGUAUGCCGUCGCUGCCCAGAAGGACACUUCGUUCCUGAAUGGAACGUCCUGGAUCAUUGCUAUCCUUGCUCCAAAUGUGGCCACGGUUUAUUCGAGCUAAAGCACUGCACGCGAAUAUCAGAUGUGUUUUGUGAGUCAUGUUCCUCAUUAGAGGCAAGAGCCAGUCCUCAGUAUAAAAUGUUUUGCUGGGGACUUGACGCAGAUGCUGCUGAGAUGCUUAGCGAUGAACCUGAAAAGGAUGGUGAUAAGGAUGAACAUGUGCCCGUUGGUGAAGGCGAGAAACGUUUGGAAACAGAUGAAAAUGAUGACGAAGGUGACAUAGAUGAUGAAGACUCAUCGGGUCAGGUUCAUCAAGAAGGUGAUAUUGAGUUUAAAGAAGCUCUACACGAGCCCCUGAAGGCGACAGAUAUUGACACAAAGGCAGAGGAAGUGGAUAUUCAUGACAUAUCUAACGUGGAUCUGUCAGAGGGAAGCGGAUAUGUUCUGUCGGAAGAGGAAGGAGAAGACAUGGACGAAAUUACUGAACUGCUUGCUCAAUCAGCUACUGUAGAACCCAAGGAAGCACGCGAGGAUGAACUCAUCCCCCUGGGAAAGGUGAAAGGAUCCCCAACUCCUAAUGAGGUUGACCUUGACGUGGACGAGGAGGGAAGCGGUCUGGUGGUUGAGGAUAUGACAAACGUCUCACUGGCGGAGCACGUUGCUGUGACAGACGUUCCUGAGUUGACGGAGGACACGUCAAAGCUGCUGGUGGAGAUUGGUUACUCUGGGGAUGGGGACGAGGUAGAUGUGGUGGACAACGCCACGCGUCCAACCCAUGAGAUCAUCAUUCUGACAAAGGAAAUUUCUACCAUUAGCGCGUCUAUAGAUAAUCCUCUCUCUGGAGUGGAAAAUGAGGAGGCUGACCCUGCUGAAGAAAAUAAAGUAGAAGCCAGUGUGGAUGAGGAGCGUGUAGCGCAGGGCAGCAUGGAUGGAAAGACGAGAACGGCAGUCAUUGUCGGUGUAGCGGUUGGGGCAGUCAUCUUCUUUGCUCUGGGAUUCUUUGCCAGCAGGCACUGCAAGAAACGCCACGCCUUCAAGAGCAUGAAGAAGCUGGAUGCAGAGAAGGCUGCCAAGCCACAGAACGGGACUCCAGAAGCAAUAGAAUUCCGAGAUGGGCGGUCCACGGGGAAAUACGAUCCUGGAUCUUACGAGAGAAGUCCUCUGUCCUCUAGUCCACGAACUGAUUCAGUAGUCCUUCUCAGUAACAAGCCAUUGUCUACAGCUCCAACAAGUCAGGAUAAGCAUGUGAACGGAAUUGACAAGAUCAAGUACAUGGAUGAAACUACAGAUGAAGAGGCCGACUCUGCUACACCACACGACCGCCUCAUCAGGGAUGAGGAAGCUUCCAAGAACGCUAACGGGCAAAUGGGGGCCAAAUCCUUGUCUAAUGACGUCAUGAACAAAUUUGAUGACAAAUUAACCCCGAUCGAGGAAGAGAGACAGCCCAUGAUAUCCAAACAAUCUGAUGAUGCUGAAGAAGCCAGCUAACCUCAUCAUGUCAUUGGAUUUGCCAUCUGUUACGUCAUGUGUGAACUUUAUGGGUUUAAACAGAGUAUUUGCUCUUGGGACGAGGGGUAAUAUGAAGAGAUGUUGUGAGAUUGUUGAGAGUAUUAUAUUCGAAUAAUUUACAUAUUCACGAUCUCCAAAGCAUUGCAUCACAAUUGUAGGCUCCCGCUCCAAUGUUUUUGUCAUCCCAAACACCUUAUGCCAUCAUUGUAAGUAUACAGCGAUGCGAUUAAGUUUUGAUUUAGUUUGGUUCCUUUGAAUAUGUAAAAUGAAACCUCAUUAAUCCGGACGCUAGCCUUCCCAAUAAGUUUUCCACAUUAACGAAUCUGUAAACACAUUUCCUUAUCUGUGUACGGAUAGUUUCACUUUUUAAACUUGUGCGUAUUCCAAGGAGUAACCAAUUGAUGGUGGACUUUCCAGAUCAAGAGGUUCCGGAUUAUCGAGAGUUAACUGUAUGCCAUUAAGGCCACGGCAUGCUGGGUUGCCGUUAUGUCGGGGCCACGUGAGUUGGUGUGUUUCUGUCGAGGAAUGUCACCGUAUUAAUAUUGAUUAUCUUAAGAUUUGAGUUCAACAUUUGCUUUCGUUUUGUGGAACAUUUGCACUGUUAUUUCAACCAUUCUUAACCAGCCAAUCAUCAACCAUUCUUUACCAGCCAAGCAUCAUGCAUCAUAGAGCGUUCAAUGUCUCAAUAUGGCUGAAAUAUUGCAGACAUGAGCCAUUAAGCGUUCAAUAUAUUUCAUUACUUCGUUGCCUUCUCUUACAUAAUAUCAUUAAACCAUGAUUUGUUUUAUCUCCAUGGUGAUCACAAUAAUUGUCACCAACAUUCAUGAGAAUUGACGUAUACAAAAUUGUGACCAAAACUAUGCGACUUCAUGUAUAUGUAGCCUUGACUUAACUUGAACGUGUAUACCAUUGCUUUUUAUUUCGGCUAAAGGUGGCGAAGAAAACCUUGGAAUCGCUUACAUCUUACAUUGAAGCCUUGUAAACUUAAAUUCCCUGGGACCAUAUCGAGUAACCCGUAGUUCGAGACAAAAGGAGAUCUAUGGAUUCCGCUUGAGGUAUACAAUUUCGAGUUUCGAGUUGCAAAGGUUUUUGUUGUAUAAUGGAUUUUACACUGGAGUUUUGCAAGAUUACAAUACAAGUAUUUCUGUCACUUGAAUUUUUAUUUGUGUUGCAAAUAUGGUUUUUCGUUCUGUGUAGUUCCGAUCAUUUAACAUGCAUCUGCCUCUUGGAAUUCAACCCAUUUGCUGAAUACAUCACUUUACAUAUGACACAUGUGCACGUGUACAUAUACAUUGGGAUAAGGUUUUAGUGUAUAGAAACAGCGUGUUAUAAGCUCAGUGGAAGGGAAGCCUAAGGUGAAGUUGAUGUGGUGCUGACCAAACCAGAAUCAUCAUUUUGGAUUGGAACCCACUAAAAGCCUUAAUUGAUUCCACCAACACCACCAUAACUCCCCAUACCAAGCCACCAACCAAUCCACUCCGACAAUAUUGGAACACGUAUUGUUAUCAUGUAUUUAGAUGAGACUGUAAGGAACUGCACAUUCAUCCACAUGGGACGAUAGCGAAAAUGUAAGUAUGGAAGAACAUGUCAUCAAUUAUACUAUAAGACACAAAACUUAAAAGCAUCACUGCCUUUAGAUGUGUAAACUGGGUUUUGAUGAAUCACAUGUGUUUUAUUGUCGGAAAACAUCUAUUCAGUGCCUUUUAGUACUUGUUUAGUAGUGCAUUGUGGCGCAAGUAUACGGAUGCUUAUUAUUUAUUUAUAAAUAUUUGUAUUGACACUAUGUAAACAAAAACACAUUUGCUUCGUUUGGUUGGAUAUUGGCUGUACCUAAGCCCUUCGGGUCUCUUAGAUUAACACCUUCGUUGAUUCUUUGGUGACGAAAUAUGGGAUAAGAAUUAAAAUCUGGAACUUUUGUUUUCAUCAUUGGUAGUAAAUAUAUUUUUUUUUUUUUAAACAGCCAGAUAUCAAUCAGAUUAUGGCACGAAAUAGAGCAAUUAUAAUUCAUUACGGUGUUGAAAAGGUCUAAAUGUGACUUAUGAAAACUAUUCCUAUGAAAACAGGAGAGGUGAAACAAGUCAAUCUGUAACUGUAGUUAUAUGUAUCUUGAAAUUAUCACAAAUUAUGCGUCCUCUUGUUGAAGCUUUAACUUGUUCAAGAAAUAUUCUUGCCGAUGACAUAAUCAUGAAGAGUUUAUUUUCGUGUGUGCAUAUCAGGUUCUUUGUCUUGAUGUCAGUUUCAUUUUGUUUGUUAAUGUACAUACCUGUAACUUACCUUCUAUGUUGUUAAAUGUUGAUAUUUAUCAUUGUCAAUUGCAAACUCAUUUCAGGUUACUGUUUGUUUUCUGUAUCUUUUGCCGGCUUAUACGGAGCUGUAAUUUAUUUGAACAGCAUGCUUUAAAUUUUGAAGAAAAGUAUCACAAAAAUAUUAUUUCUUGGUCACUUGCAUUAUUGUAUGAUGGAGUUCGAUGUCAAUGUUCAAUCAUAACGUGUUGAUCUAGUCUGCGGUUGUGAGAUGUUUGUUAUAGCAGGGAUACGUACACGUGUGUGAAAGUGGGAGAUGAAGGCCUUCAUGGCUAUACAUAGGUUAAUAGCAAGCAUCACUUCGAACGCGACCAAGGCGCGAAAUGGUCGCGUCUCGGUCGCGAUCUAUGCACGUUUGUCUUCAGUGGUAGUGGACGAAAACAUCUCAGAUGUUUUUUCCAAGAGCGAUAGAAAAGCGGACACGUCUUGCAUGGCUGAGAACAAAAGCUUUUGCAACUUUCUGGUUCCCUUUCUGUGUGUCCACUGGUUCUCGACGAUAAUAUAUUGAAUUUCCUCAUACACUUGCCUCUUACCGAAUCAUGUUUCGAUGAUUUACAAACAGUGUAAUAUGGUUAUAACCAACUCCAAGGGACUAGGUAAACUAGUUAUAUACGUAGUUUCUAGUUUCUUACUCGGGAAACCUUUCUGAUAUUUUGGUUUCGAAACAAUUCAUAUACGUUUGAUUUGAAUACAUAUACCAUGUAUUUUUUGAAGAACUCAAAAUAUCUUUUUGGACUUGUGCCAAAUGUUGUGUACGUAUUUGGUACUCGAGUUGGGCAGCUCUCUCUACGAAGAUUUCAAAGAGCGUCAAAAGUUGUUUGAUCGGGGUUGCAACAUUCAGCAAAGUUGUAAAACAAAUUAAGGUAGACAGUUGGAGGAAAUUUCCCUAUUUUAACGAAUCAGUAACAGAAAUCAUGUCCGAUGCAGUUCCCUAUUUUUCUUGUACCACAUGUUCCCGUUUUUUUAAUGAAAAAAAAUACUUGCCUUUGCAUGUGUUUGUGAUGGGUACUGUGGGUGGGGCAGGAUACGCUUACCUUUUCGUGAACACCUGGUAUCAUCACUUUCUGAUAGUGUUUCAAAAACACAUGCCCAUGAUAUAGUCGGAAUCGUAUAAUGGAGAUUUAUUUUGAUUGUGGACGUGUUUCUUGUCGUUUUUAAUUCAUAAAUUCUUAUUAUUAAUGUUUUAUCGUACACAUAAAGAAGCCUUAAACUGACGAAACAUGAAAAACUCUUUGCUCCUUGAAAGUCUUCGUGUCUUGGAAUGUAUGUCGAUGUAUAUUUUGUUGAUGUUUUUAUUGAAUGGUGUCUGUGUAUAGCCGAGAUAGAGAAAUAAAUAAAUAUAUGUUUUGUUA